AUGGCCCAAGUUGCUGCAGGUGCUUCAGGACUCGAUGUGGCAGCGUUGUUGGCCGGUGUAGGAAGUGCUAAGCAGACGGCUCAAAAUGCCACUAAGGUGGCUCGGCAAGAACUAGCAGAUAUUGAGGUUGAAAUUCAAGUUAUUGUUGUGGAAUUUGAAAACAGCGGUAGCACCGUCCCACCUUUGCCAUCUCUCGAACCUGAAACCUACUGUCAAGCCAGUAACUCCAACUGCCACAGCCAGGACCACACUCCUCCACAAGCACCAUCAUCACCCACAGGUCCACAACCACAGCUCCUCCAUCACCAACCACAGCUCCCACUCCCUCCAUCACCAACCACAGCCCUCCAUAGCUCCUCCAUCACCAACCACCUCCUCACAACCACAGCUCCUCGUCACCAACCACAACUCCUCCAUCACCAACCACAGCUCCCCUCCACCACACCACAACUCCUCCAUCAACCACAACUCCUCCAUCACACUCUCCCACCAACCACCAACUCCUCCAUCACCAUCACCACCACAGCUCCAUCUCCAGGAACCACCACGUGCAGUAUCACUAGAGAAUACUGUGAUGGCUGCGGGGUAGCACCAAUUUCCGUUGGGAGCACAAGGAUUGUCAACGGAACGGCGGCGUCAGCGGGCGAGUACCCUUACCAAGUGGCGGUUCUAUCCACCAUCGCCGGCGGACAGUAUCAGUGUGGGGGUUCAAUCAUCAAGGAAAGAUGGAUUCUUACUGCUGCCCAUUGCUUUUACGACCUAAGCAACAACAAGGCGACGAGUGUCGACAUUAUCUACGGCACAAUCGACAUCAACGGCAUCGGCGGUACAAGGGUUACGGCUUCGAGGUUCAUCGACCAUCCAGGAUACGACUCGAGUACCAAGGCCAACGACAUCGCACUGGUAGAGCUGCCGCAACCUCUGAAUUAUGCGUCCGACGCCAAUAUCCAACCGAUCUGCUUGGGACUGGAAGAGGACAUACCCUUCGGAGGCAAGGCGGUGGCGUCGGGAUGGGGAGCCCUGUCGUUUGGUGGGUCAUCACCUGACGUCCUGCAGGAAGUAGAGUUAGAUAUCAUCACAAUAGACGAGUGUCAGCAGAAGGCUUCUUUACCGCCAGACACAAACUCGGUUGUAUGUGCUCUGACUCUCUAUAAGGAUACCUGUCAGGGUGACAGCGGUGGUCCUCUUGUUGCGAAACUUUGUGACGGCACCUGGGCUCAAAUCGGAAUUGUCAGCUAUGGUUUCCAGUGUGCCGUCCCUGACAACCCUGGUGUGUACACCCGUGUGUCUGCUUUCGCUAGCUGGAUCUCAGAUAACACUGGAGGCAGCAGCUGUAGUUCUACCCUAACACUUAGCGCAGAGCUUGACAACCGUGCAAAAGAGAAGGAAGCAGUGAACGAAGCGAAAAAUGAAGUGGUUAGAAUUGAACAAGAUCUAGAUGGACUUGAAACUACACUGAACGCUGCAAGUGGAAGACGGCGUAGACGCAGAAAUCUCACUCUGCUACAGGAAUUGGCAACUGCACUAAUUAACUUGGCACCCGUUCUGCUAAGCAGGAACGUCCAGAGAAUCAUCUCCCUCUCUAGCGAACUGGCAGCUCUCAGAGGCAGACUUGUAGUAUUCAAUGCAGAAGUUGCUGCAGGUGCUUCAGGACUCGAUGUGGCAGCGUUGUUGGCCGGUGUAGGAAGUGCUAAGCAGACGGCUCAAAAUGCCACUAAGGUGGCUCGGCAAGAACUAGCAGAUAUUGAGGUUGAAAUUCAAGUUAUUGUUGUGGAAUUUGAAAACAGCGGUAGCACCGUCCCACCUUUGCCAUCUCUCGAACCUGAACCUACUGUCAAGCCAGUAACUCCAACUGCAUCUCCCACAACUCCACCUUCUACAACUCCACCGCCAACAACUCCGCCUCCUACAACUCCACCGCCAACAACUCCGCCUCCUACAACUCUCCGCCAACAACUCUGCCUCCUACAACUUCAACAGCAGCGACGACAGAAAUCACAAGUUCAACAUGUUCCGUAACAAGGAAAUAUUAUGAGGACUGCGGCGUGGCAACCGUCAGCGUUGCCGACUCGAGGAUCGUUGGCGGCGCUGACGCAUCGGCCGGGGAAUUCCCUUGGCAAGUCGGACUCGCGACCGAAUUUCCGAGUGGGGGGGGUUUGUGUGGGGGAUCUCUUAUC